AUGAUCAGGCAGGAGCGUUCCGGAGAAACGGAUCUCUCUACGCGCCCCGAGAAUCAAGGUGACGAAGAGCUCUCGCGCGUGGCCGCGACAAUGGAAGUUGACACUGACGAAUACAAUCGGGAGAAUGAAGCGAAUGACGGGCCACCUCCCACGCCUGCAGCUCAUUCAGCAAGGAGAAGAUCGUCGCGGAAGACAUUGCCGUUGUCUGGAAGAACCGGUUAUCGUGACCAUGACCAAAUGGAACUUGUAUCACUCUUCGAGAGUGAGAACUGUCAUGGCGGCGAUGACCAUGACAUGGAAGAAGGGCCAGACGACGAACGAGAAGACACCGACUCUGAGGCUCAAGCCUGUCGUACCGCUCAACAAGCGAAGCCGCGAGGUAGGCGCAGAACUUGGAGGUCUGGCCAGAGCGACCGUCCUGUAAGGGCACGGGCAUUCAGCUGUUUCGACAUGUGCGGGAAAGAUCAGACGCAUCGGACGGCGAUCGGCAAUCGACUCUACAAGAUAUGGGGCGACGACGUGACCACGUGGCCAACAUACUCACUCCACCCGACUCCAAUGGCCUUGGAGAAGGAACAGCGUAUGGUAUUUCCGAGCGACAAGCGUCUCGAUCCACCAGACUGGGGUUUGAACUUUCUAAGAGCGUUCCUGCAGCUGGUGGAGACCGCCCAAGGUCGUGGACAGGAGCAGCUCCUAGCAGCUGAGCUGGAGCGGGCGGUGAACAGGCGGAUGCGACAAGGUCUGGCUACGGACAAGAACUUCAUUACUAUGAUCGAUCUUUGGGACGUACUUCAUCUCUCGCUGAUUGUACGCUUGGAACUCCCACGCAGUACUGUGCGCCGCCGCAGUUCCACUCUUGGUGCGCGUGAUGGCAGUCAGGCUCCCUUUCGCUCAUCGCAGCUUGGUGCGAGGAGGCAAAAACAUUCUGAAGUAUCCACGGGCGCUUCCUUGGGGGUCCAGCAAUUCAACAUCAGACAAAAUUCGGAAGCGUACGUCGCUAGCCGCGAACAGGCCUCUACACUCUCGGAGGAUCAUAGCCAACCAUCACCGAUCGCAGCCUGCUUGGAUACGAAUGGCGAACGGUCUGAGACGUCUGCAGAGCUCGUCAUGCAAGAGGCGGAGUCCAGCAACAGACAUGACUCCCAUAGGGCCAGUCCUUCUCACAUGUCAGACGAUGGCGCGCCUCCAAGCCUGAAGGCAGACUUUCACGCCUGGAUCAUCAAGCAAGUCGAGGAAAAGGGUCGCCUCGAGGAAGAGAUAGCACGAUGUCAGCACGAAUUCGCGGAGGAAGAGCGCCAGAUCGACGAGCGUCAGAACACGAGUGCGGAGUAUCGAAGCUUAGCCGAUGAGUAUCAGCGAAAGGCGGAUGCGUACAUGCGGAAGGCCGGCGCGCACCAGCGUCGAGCGGAACAGCAAGACAACGAAGCCCAGUCUCUCAAGCGCGGGCUUGGAGAGCGAACGGAUCAGAUCACAGGCAAGCGAGCCAAGCUUGAGACUGUAAAGGCUCGUUUACUAGCAAGCAUCGGGGUGUAG